AUUUUCGCUGCUUCUCAAAUAUUUCGAACCAUGCGUAUUUUGGAAUAGAUGGGAAAAGUCGAGCGAAAGGUCUAAUACAGGGAUUUCUCCAGAAUUAAACAUCGCGCCCAAAAUUUAGAGACAGAUAUCUUUGGCUUCAUGAAGGAUCAACACAUCAACAUCUCCACACCCUGAAGGCUCACCAUGGCAUCUAUGUCGUUUAAGGUCACGCAGGGUGACAAUGGAAGCCACAUAUAUAAGGCUCUCAACCAUAGCAGUAAAGCCCUGGAGAUGCUUGCCCAGUGUUGGCGCCAGUACCCUAGUCUCUGUGACGCCAUCAUCAGUGUCCAAGACCUGCAGUUCAACGCCCACAGGGCCGUCCUGAUGGCCUGCAGCGAUUUCUUCCGCGACAUCUACCAGGCACUUCCUGCGGGAGGUCGCAACCCGGACCUGCUUCGGAAGAGCAUUUGCCUGUCCAAGCUGGCCCCUGCGUCCUUCCACAUGUUCCUGGAGUUUGCAUACACAGGGAAGCUGGAUCUAAGCAUGGGCACGGUGGAGAUGUGGCUGGAGAUAGGGAUCACCCUGAAGGUGCCAGUGGUGAAGGAAGCUGCCUGUGCCUUCUUGAAGGCUCAGACCAACUCAGAUAACUGCAUGGACAUCAUCGCCAUUGCUGAGAAAUUCAAUCUGUCAGCGAUCAAGCACCAGGCCAAUCGGGCGAUGUGCGAACGCCUCAUCCAACUUUCCCAAUCAUUCCAUGAAGAAACUCUCCCUUCAGAUGAAGCAGAGAUGUCUUCAGAUGCUGAAGACCUCAAUGAUGGAGGAACUGAGAUCACAGAGAGCAUCAGUGAUGCUGAAAAUGAGCAGUCAUCAAAGUUUCCUGCCCCAAAGACAUUUCCAAGGAAAUCACCUCUACGUCCCGUACGGCAAACAAGAUAUACCACAGUGAGCAAACAGCGAGCAUCUCCUAGGAAGGUGGAAACCAAAGCUGCCUUGAAAGCAGUCACCCUCAGACGUAAGAAACCUAAGAAGUCUCCAGAGCCAAGGGCACCUUCCCAACGAGUCAUGUCGAUCAGACAGCGUGCCUUGAAAGCAAAACAAACUGCUAUUGGUGUUGCUGCAAAAGCGAAGAAAGACUACCCAUGUAAAUUCUGUGAUGCUAUAUGUAAAGGACACAGUGCUUUGCGAUGCCACUACAGGAACAAUCAUGCCAAGUGCAAAAAAUGUCGCAAGGUGUUCAGAGACGAUGCAGAACUGACAGUACAUCUAGAGGCUCACAGACAGCGUCAGCUCAACUCAAAGAAGAUAAGAACCUACAUUUGCCCGUACUGUGGAAAGAAUUGUAACGUGAACUCUGCGUUGAAAAUUCAUAUUCGUACACACACUGGUGAGAAACCGUUUAAGUGUGAUAUUUGCGAUGCUCGCUUCAUUCAGUCCAUUAAUUUGAAGCGCCAUGUUCUGUCUUAUCACAAAAAUGAUGAGCCGUAUGCUUGCAAUAUCUGUGGAAAGAAGUUCAGAGUGUUGGUCUACUUGAAGAGCCAUGAGGUAACUCACAGCAAGGAUCGUCCCUUCCAGUGUGAGGCCUGCGGUGCAAUGUUCAAGCGGAAGAGUGACCUACGAAGCCACAGGCGUGUCCACAACUCUGUAAAACCCUAUGGGUGCAACACUUGCCACACCAAGUUCAAGACCACCAAUGACCUCAAGGCUCACAUGCUUAUCCACAAUGACAAGAAGCCACAUGUGUGUGACCAAUGUGGUGCAAGCUUCAAGCGAAGUGGUCACCUUAACAGGCAUGCUAAGAUCCACACCAAGAACAAGCCAUUCCGUUGCGAACAGUGUGGGGCACAGUUCAAUCGCAAGGAAAAUCUUCGGAGUCAUCAACGCAUCCAUUCUGGAGAAUACCCAUAUAGUUGUAAAGUGUGCAGUGCUAACUUCCGACAUCUCAGCAGCCUGAAGAUGCAUGAAAAGAGUCAUUGGCCUGUGAAAGCUCCACAGAAGGAUGAAUCCCAGGAUGCGAACCGGAAUCCUGGUCUACUAAUGCACCUCUUGACCCCAGCCAAUAGGACACUAUCAGCCACACCCAUGGUUCCAACAGAGGAAGCAGAAUCGAUUCAAUUCACUGCAACACGUCAGGGAGUAGUACCCAUCCAGCUCCAUGUUGCCUCUUCCAGUCUGCAAGAGCUAGCUGGAGGAGGAGGAGUAACAACUUCAAAUGGUAUUGAUAUCAAUCUGGUUAACCUAGCAACGGGCACCUUGAACCAACCCAGCCACUCUCCUUCACCACCUCCACAACCUGCUCGACUACAACCUGUGGUACCCCAGCAGGUUCAGCAGCUGAUCCAGCACACCACUCCAAAUCCAGCGGCCUUGCUGUCCCUUAACACCACCCAGGCCUUGGCCCAGGUCCAAGCUGAAGCCCAGGCCCAGAUCCAAGCUCAGAUCAAUUCUCAGUCUGUUCCUCUGCAGCUGACCACCCAGCAUCACAGUCACCAUGCUCGUCAUCAACAUCAUUCAUCCGGUCACCAGACUGUCCCGUCAUUGAUCUCAGGAACCAUUCCAACAGCUGUAGUGCAAGAGACCCACCAGUUUAUUUUGCAAUGAAGUAAUAAAAAGUUAUUCAAUUUUAAAUGCCUCUAAUAUGACAUAAAAUAUGACAAAAUCUGCUUUUAAAGUGUUUUUAUGCCUCCGCUACAAAGUAGCCGGAGGCAUUAUGUUUUCUGUUUGUUUGUCACUCGUCCGUACGUCUGUACGUCCCAUUCUCAUUUUAUUGCGUUAUCUCAAGAAACUAUUGUUGGAUGACCCCCAAACUUGGGUCAUAUGCAUCUUGCAGAACCAAUGAACUGAUGAGGUUUUGGGGCCAAAGGUCAUGGGGCUCAUUAUGUCUGCAAAAAUAGCUU